AUAAACUUUUUGUCAGGGAGAAUUUGCCCUUUAGAACUAACUAGCACUGUUAUAAGUGCAAUUCUUUCUCACUCACUCGGUAUAUCAUACAUCAGGCUAGGAAAGAAUGUCAGUUCCUCAUCUCUCUGAAAUACUUUUUCGAAGUCGGAGACCAGUAAACCAUGCAUGGGUAAACCAACAAUCAAUAAUUCUAUCGAACGGCAGAAAGAGAGAGAGAGAAAGGCCUUCCCGUCAAACACAAUAUAACUUUCCAUAUCAAAUCAAUAAUUAUUACGUAACCAUCGUUCCUUAUAAUGUAAUUGAAUACACGCAGCAUUCUAGUAUGUAACAGAUCCGUUACUGCAUGAGAUGGACAGAUGUAGCUGUAUAAACAAUCAGGAGAAAUGUACUUCAUAUCAUCUCACCCGUAAUAGACGACCCCUCCGGGAUUGAACUGAGUUACGAGUGUUGAGACGUCUGAAGGACCGAGUUACGAGUGAAGUGCAAUUGGACUGACCGAACUACGAGUAACCUGCCGUUAGACGGACAGUGCUACGAGUAACUUGCCAUUGAAGGGACAGAGCUACGAGUGAGGUGUCAUUGGACUGUCCGAACUACGAGUAACGUGCUGUUAGACGGACAGUGCUACGAGUAUCUUGCUCUUGGACGAAGAGAGUUACGAGUGACUCGACAUUGGAGGGACAUCGUUACGAGUGAAGCGCCGUUGGUCGGACCAACCUACAAGUAACCUGCCAAUGGAAGAACCGAGUUACGAGUUACUUGUAUAGGGACCCUAUGAAAGGCUAGAUCAGUGAUACAAAGGGAGCAGAUGGCAUGAUAACUGUGAAACUUAAGAUUGAAAAUACCAUAGGAAUGGACAAAAGCUUGUCGACUAACUAUACAGGAUGCAUAUCAACAAUAAAGUGGUAGCUGGAAUUGUUCUCCUGAACAUAGCUGUACUUGCCUACGUAUACUACGGUCAACUACAGAAUGGGUCCAAUGUUGUGCUAUCUUCUCCAGCUUACGGCAAGGAAGGACAAGCAGAUGUAUGGAAUGGUUAUUCAUACGACAAAUCGCCGAUAGAUGUGCCAAAAAAGAAGGGUGACCUUUACAAAAUAACGACAGCCAUACCAUCAGAGAGUCUGAAAAAUAAGAAUUCUGGGUCACCGACGAGGACGAAAGUCGGACCAGCCGAAUUGAGGAGACCCAAGUUGAAUAUAUCAUCUUUACCCCCAGACUUAUACAAAAUGCGGAAACCGGUAUUUGAUUUACUGCCGAAAUCAUAUUUACCCGGGUACAAGUCUCCGUGCUGGAAGGCGAAGCCUCUGAAGGUAAUCCGAUGUUUGCCGUACUUCUACCUUCUUGGUAUGCCUAAAAGUGGAACGACCGAUUUGUGGACCAAAAUCAUGCGACAUCCCGAAGUAAAAAUCACCUCAAAAGAACCCCAUUGGUGGACCAGAGCAAAGGGGAAAGGAAAGCUCGGUGAUUACACAUCCAGAUCAAAAGGUUUGGUGAAGUCGUUAAUGUUACAUCCGUCUUUGAAACCACGACUUAUAAUCGGAGAUGGAUCCGCGUCGACGCUCUGGGACAAUCAAAAAUGGAAGACCUGGGAUGGGGAACGUUACGAAGGUCCAACGUACGUCACUGCUGACGUCAUACACGCAGCCCAACCCGACGCUAAACUUCUCGUCAUUCUUCGCAAUCCAGUGGACAGGUUGUACUCCGGUUACUUAUAUUUCAACCCGAAGCAACGCGUAAAAACGAGUGCGGAUCUUUUCCAUAAAGAGGUCGUGGCUGUGAUAAACCGAUUCAACAAGUGUCUGAAAACGAUGAGCUAUCGAGGAUGUGUUUACAGCAUGAAGGACGUUCAUAACCCACAUGUACACUGUCGGCUCCUUGUAGGUGUCUACUCUGUUUACGUACGUGAUUGGUUCAGAGCCUACCCACGUGAUCAGCUCAAAAUCAUGCGAUUGGAGGAUUGGCACGUCAAUUGCACGGGAAUGCUUCCAGAAGUAUUCGACUUUCUCAAUCUGCAAAGGAUGUCCGAUAAAGAGAUCGAACGAAUUUGCACGGAGAAAUUGAAAAAUGGAAAUAAGGUCAAGUUACAUGCAGUCGGCGACAUGCUUCCAAAGACUAGAAAACUUUUGGAGAACUUUUACGAGGGUUCGAAUAAAGAACUUAGUCUGUUACUAGGCGACGAGAAAUAUCUAUGGCGAUCGUGACGUCACACGGUAAAUCAAGUCAUCCUCUGAAGAUUACGAUAAGGGAGCAAGUUAUAUGCAAAAAUACGCAAGAAAUUAUCAAUAACAAGUCUAUUGAUCUUGACAACUUCGGCGGAUGAUAUGUUCAUCAAAAUGUCCUACGCAAUCUCAUCUUUGCACGUACAGGUGGCGGAUCGACUCGGUUCGAAUCAAAUCAAAUCGGUUUACUCAAAAAAAAUCCGACCGCUUUCCUUUCGGGUUUCACAUCCGCUCUCAGGGUCAAUUCACGUUUUCGUCAAAUUUGUGGUGCUGCAGUGUUUAAUGGCGCUUUUGUCGAUUGCGUCCGAACCUCAUUGAUGCCAAUUGUGUUAUUAUCUAAUCAUUAUUAUCUGUGCUUCUAAGGAUGUACUGCAAUAGAGUACCGAAGCGAUGACGUCAGUUACCAUGGUGUCAUGGCGGCCUGGUUUUAAAAAAAUGAACCCGCCGAAUAAAAGGGUGUGUUUGUCAUGGGAGAAAAUGGCUGCUAUCGGAAUUUGAUCGCUUGCAACCUACUUUUCAGACCGGCCAAAGUCAUAUAAAUGAGUACAGACGAUCGUCAGCUGUGACUCUGUUAAGAACCAACCCGCCAAGACACCAUGGCAACUGACGUCACACUUCGGUACAAUAUUACAGAAAAAGAUAACUGAGACUCUUGAAUCGAUAGCCAUUUGUAGAGAUUUUUUUUUCUUCAAUAAUUUUCAAAGUUAAUAUCUAGUAUUUUGUAAAAGAUACAUAAAUUUAUUAUUUGUAGCACAAGGAAAAUGUAUUUCACCGAGUGUCGAUUAUUAUUCUAGAAAAAAGACAGAUUAAAAGAAUUUUUAGGUACCAGAUCAUUCAAUGCUACGUUUGUGAUUUACUCAAACCCCAAAAUGUAUGUUUACGGGUAAAUCACAGUGAAUCUGUAAUUUGCGGGUAAAUAAAGGUUAUUUUAUGAGUAAAUUACAGUAAAACUGUAUUUUUUUGGGUCCAAUAAUUGAAUGGUGAGAAAAAUCGUGAAAUGUAUGAAAGAUCAAGUCCACCCAACAAACAAUUAAUUUGAAUAAAAUAAGAAAAAUCCAACAAGCGUGACAUUGUAGGUUUCAUCCAAAUUGGAUGUCAAAUAAAAAAAAAAUGCAUGUUUAAGUUUCAUUUUAAUUUCACAAAACAGAUAUAUAACCAUCCUGGUUUAUAUGCAAGUGAUGGGACUGAUGACGUCACUUACCCACUAAUUCUUUGGUAUUUAGUUGUGAUAUACAUGUACAUACAUUAAUCUUCUCCUCAUUGUCCUGUGAAUCGAAGUUUUAUUCCUCCAUGAACGUGUGGAAUUACCAGAGCAAUGGGAACGAUUUUUUUUUACUGGGGGUGCUGAUGUUAAUUUGAAAAGAAGAAGAAAAAAAAGGGAAUAAAGGGUUUCCUAACAAGACAUGCAAGAUGAGGGUAAUUUUGGUUACAUUCGUCCAUUUUCACACAUUUCCAGAAUACAUGGGGGUGCUGCCUACGGAGAAUGUUAUGCGCAACACCCUUGCUUCCCAGGGCCAUGUGAAUUACAAUCGUUUUAUGGUUCAGUCGAGUUGGUUCUUAUUGUCAAAUCUAUAAAAGUUAAUUGUUGCAUUAUUCAACUGUGUUGUAAAAAUAACCGAAAAUUUUAAAUGUUAUCACUUUCUUAUUUUAGAUCCGAUUUUGAUGAAAUUUUCAGCGUUAUGCUUCUUUGUUUUUCUCUAUUGAUUCAAAAUCAACAUUUUUUUCUGGGGUGGACAUGGCCUUUAAUUGUGAAAAUGGUAAACCCCCAAAAUUUGACGGUAUACCAUAAAUAUAUACAGUGGAAAGUCGUGCAGCCUGUUGCCAGAAACUUUCCGUAUUUCUUUUGUGAUAAAUUCUUUGUAACUUUCAGCACGACCUUUUCUAACAAAACUGUUACGGUUUACCACAACCACAUUAGGCUAUAGAAUUUUCUAUCGUCAAAUUAGUAUUUUUUUACCGUAAAACUGGACGGAGAUAGAACAGUAAUACCGUAAAAAACUGUGUUUUACUGUCUUGAUACUUACAUUGCUAUGGUCGCAUAUAAGAGAAUGAUUCAAGAAGAUAUUGUAAUGUCAAAAGCCUUAAUUUUUAUUGCCUCAUAGCACGUUUCCUUAUUGAUUUGUUAAGCUUUUAAUUGGUGAUACGUUUCUUGAAAUGAUUUACAUUAUGUACCGAUAAAUGUAUGUAUUCAUGUAUGUACGUGAAUUUCAAAAGUCAAUGUCACUUUAUCAAAAAAGAAUGUAUUUCUUUUGUACCUUCAGUACAUGAACAACAACAAAUUCGAGAAAACCGGUGAGGCAGCUUUCUCUAAAACUAAUGAAUUAAUAAUCAACAAGCACUAAAAUUUUGUAUUACAAUCUUUUGCCAAAUGUUCCUAAAUGUUUUGUACAAAAAAUAAUCACUCACCGGUCGUAUAACCAGACAUGCUAAUGAUAUUUUUAUUCCAAAUUUCAAAUACGCAUUUUCAUGAAAUACUAUUCAAUUACGAAUGUAUGCGGUUUCCUCAACACUCAUUUCCUUCAAAUGUAAAUAUAAAAUGUCUCUUCUUACUCGUAAGUUAGUAUUAGUUUUUGUCUCUCUCUACCAUUUAUUUGUGUUAUUCUGUCUUUUUGCUUUGUCUGAGUUUUUAACUGUCGAGUAUUUUUUUUCUUAUCUGUAUUUUGUGCAUUCUAUUUAUUUUGUCAUUGGGGAUUGGCCCUGAUAGAUAAAUAUGGCCUUUGUCAAUUCCCUCCACAUUUUGAUUUUCUUAGGUUUUGUUACGUAAUAUGUUUCAACUAUUUUUAUUUGUUUAGUAAUUAUUCAUGGGUGUAUUUUGAUUGUGCAGAUAUUUGUAUGAUUUUUACGCAAUACGUGGAAAUAAAUUGAAUUGAAUUAAAUUGGAUUGAAGUGAAAGGUUGGGUUGAGACAGGGGAGUAAAUGAACACACCCUAUCGAGGUAAGUGGGGGUGGGGGUAUGAAAGGCAAUGCUAAGUAAUUUUCCAUACCAUUCGUUUCUGUGAAGAUAGUAAUAAAAAGCAACAACAUUAUAGUAAUAAAUGAAGAAGAGAAGAGAAUUUUUUAAAAUAAAUUUCACUAUGCACA